GAGAUCAGUUCCCAUCUCUCUCUCUCUCUCUCUCUCUCUCUCUCUCUCUCUCUCUCUCUCUUGUUUCCUGGUUCACGGUCUUUUUGGCGGCUCCUCUGCUGUGUAUGUAUUGGUGCGCGGUAGUUGUGAUUGAUCCAUGUAUGCAUAAUUCAUUUUCUACGUGGAAAGAUGGUUUAGCCUACUUCCAGUCUCCCUUUCGUUAUAGAAACUGACAACCGUACUGUCCCCACUGGUGACUAUUGUAAUAUGAAAACCUCGUAGAAAUUGAAUGCGAAGACAAUUUGUAUGGCUAUUAUAAUAUGAAAACUUCGUAGAAAUUGAAUGCGAAGACAAUUUGUCUGUAUAGUAAGACUUGGGGUCGUCGGGCUCUCCUAUAUAUUUAUUUUUAUUAUUUAAUGUUUAUAUGGCACUACUCUGCGAGUCUCUCCUAAAUAUUCGUUGAGUAGCAUAUCUGUUUGAACUAGCUUAUUGCAACAAGAAAGUAAUUCCGAAUUAAGGUGAUCUGGGAUCAAUAUGGGGAGCACCGGAGAGAUGUGGACUCAGUUGGGAUCUGCCAUGGCCGGCAUGAUGUUCAUUUGGGCCAUGUUCGCCCAAUACUUCCCUCGUCAACUCAAGCCCCAUAUUGAAACUUAUGCCGACAAACUGAUGAGCUUUGUGUACCCUUAUAUUCACAUCACCUUCCCUGAAUUCACUGGAGAGCGCUUCAAGCGCAAUGCUGCCUACACCGCCAUCGAGACCUACCUCAGCGCCAACUCCUCCCAGCGUGCUAGACGCCUCAAAGCUGAUCUCGUCAAAGACUCCCAAUCUCUCGUCCUCAGCAUGGACGAUUCUGUGGAGGUCACCGAUGAGUUUCAAGGAGCGAAGCUUUGGUGGUCUUCCAACAAAAUUUUCCCUCAAACGCAGGUCAUCUCUUUGUAUCCAAAUUCCGAUGAGAGGAGAUACUACAAGCUCAUCUUCCACAAACGACACCAGGAUAUCAUUACCAAGUCCUACUUAAGGCACGUGAUCGACCAGGGUAAAGCUAUUACUGUUGAAAACCGGCAACGAAAGCUCUAUACGAAUAAUCGUAGUGAAAAUUGGUAUGGGUACAAGCGAAGUGUGUGGAGCCAUGCACCUUUUGAACACCCAUCAAGAUUUGAUACUUUAGCAAUGGAGCCCAAUAAGAAAGAAAUGAUCAUCAAGGACUUGAUGACUUUUAGCAAAUCAAAAGAGUAUUAUUUGAAAAUCGGAAAGGCGUGGAAGCGUGGGUAUUUGCUUUAUGGUCCCCCAGGAACUGGGAAGUCCAGCAUGAUUGCAGCCAUGGCGAAUCUUUUGAACUACGAUGUGUACGAUAUCGAGUUGACGGCGAUCAAAGACAACACAGAGUUGAGGAAGCUGUUGAUUGACACGAUGAGCAAGUCGAUAAUCGUUAUUGAGGAUAUUGAUUGUUCGCUUGACCUUGCGGGAAAGCGGAAACAACAAAAUAAGGAGAAGGAUGGCGACAAGGAAGAGAAGGACCCGAUUAGUAAAAUGAAAAAUGGUGGCAUGGAAGAUAGUAAGGUAACUCUAUCUGGACUUUUGAAUUGCAUUGAUGGCCUAUGGUCGGCUUGCGGGGAAGAAAGAAUAAUAAUAUUUACUACAAAUUAUAAAGAGAACCUCGAUCCAGCUCUCAUUCGAAGGGGACGAAUGGAUAAGCACAUUGAAUUGUCAUAUUGUUGCUUUGAAGCCUUCAAAAUUCUUGCUAAGAAUUACUUGGAUGUUGAUUCGCACCAUUUGUUUGGGAUAGUGCAAAGAUUGUUGGAAGAAACCAAAGUGACUCCGGCCGACGUUGCAGAGAAUUUGAUGCCUAAGUCUGCAGAAGAAGAUGCCACGAUAUGUUUGCGAAAUUUGAUUGAAGCUCUAGAAAAGGCAAAUGAGGAGGCAAAGUCAAUAGCUGAAGAAGAAGAGAGGAUGAAGGCUGAGAAAGAUGAGAAAGCAAAAGAGGAAACAAAUCCUGCAAAAGAAGGAAAGGUGAAGGAACCACCAGCUGGAAAAGAAUUGGAAGGAAAGAAAACAUCAGAUAAGGAAGUGAAGGAGAAUGGAAUCACUGCCUAAAAAUGAUUAGGGAAUUGAUGAAAGAUAUAUUGAAAAUAAACUUGGUUAAAUUAGUUAUUUUUGUCAAGUGAAUGUGUUCUUUUAGUAUUUUGUGUAAGUGUCAUCAAUCCAUGUAUCUAGAUUAAACCGUUAUAUUAUGUUAUGUGUGCCAUUAUAACAAAA